CUUCACUUUAUUUAACAUGGCCAGCAUUCCAGAUUAUUACGCUAUACUCCAAGUACCAGUAACAAGUACACACGACGAAAUUCGUGAAGCUUACAAGAGACAAGCUUUGGUCAAUCAUCCCGAUCGACUUCCUACUACCGCCAGCCAACAAGAUCGAGAAGAAGCCACACGAAAGUUCCAACUUGUUGCUGAUGCUUAUUAUAUCCUGGGUGACCGCUCACGCCGAGAGGCCUACGACAAGUCUCGAAGCAAGCAAGAGGGUUUUGCCCCAUUUAAUGCUGCUAGACCCAAAGCUUCGACUUCACAAGCCAAUCAUCUUUUUGGUGAUAUUUUUGAAGAACUGCUAAAACCCGAUGUGGAGCACCCUACACACAUUUGGAGAAUUAUAGGUGCUGGAGCUGGAGCUGUACUAGGAUUUAUUAUUGGAAAUGUUCCUGGAGCAGCCAUUGGCGCACUAGCAGGAAAAACAUUAGGUCAAGUGAGAGAUCACAAAGGUGUAUCCGUGUACACGGCAUUUCAAAAAUUGGAUGGAGAUCAACGAAGAAAUAUUUUGACUAGUUUAUUAGCAAGAUUUGUAACAGCAGGUGCAUCAGGCAUGAUGAAAUAAUUUUAAAUUAAAUAUUUUUCGGAUUCAACCACACCAAAUGCAAAUGGCAAAACUUGUUCAAAUGUGUAUUCUUGGUGUUCUCCUAACGUAUUUACAAAAUAAACAGGCAUAUCUCUUUUAACAAAUUCAGAAAUAAAUUGUCUAUAUUUUUACAUCAUUAGUCGAAUUCCAAUCCAACCUUGUUUUUCUUUUUUACCUGCAAAUACCACAAGGGGAAAUAAAUUCGGUUUGGUCUGAGGUAACAGCCAGUGCGCGAAAUUUAGAUUGUCCCUCGCUCUAUUUUUUUUUUCUGCGUUAUUUUUUUUUUUUUUUUUGUUUGUUUCAUGAAUUUCUGCUUUUCUUACCACAGCUUUUACAAAAGCAGUUCUUUCGGCACAAAUAGCAGCUCCUAUUAAAAUAGUCAGUUUUUUGUUUUCUCUCUCUCUUUUUUUUU